AUGAAUAAUUCUUUAAUAUAUUCACAUGAAAAUUUUACACGUUGGAUAUCAGUUAUAUUAUCCCCGAUAAUAUUAAUCGGUUGUGCUAUUGGAAAUAUAGCAUCAUUUAUGGUUUUAUUACGACCACGUCUUCGUCGACAAACAACAUCAAUCUAUUUAGCAGUUCUAUGUAUUGCUGAAAUAGGAACAUGUUAUACUGGUCUUUUAAGACAAUUUUUGCUUGAUGCAUUUCGUCUUGAUAUUCGAACAAUAAAUCCAUUGGCAUGCCGGUCACACAUUUACUUCACCUACUUAUUUCUUCGUCUAGCUCCACUUCUACUUGCUCUUGUUACAUUACAACGUUAUUUUUAUGUUACUCAACGUGCUAUCUGUUCUUUAAAAUCAACAUGUGCACAACUAGUUUGUCUAUUUAUAUUUGCUUCUACAGCUGAAUUACAUUUAUUUGCCUUCUAUGAUUUAACCUAUUCGGAUACACGGCCAAGAAGUGAACACGUACCAUUUGAAUGUACUGUAGAUAAAUUGCAUCAUAGCACUUAUUAUGAAUUUCGUAGUAAAAUCUAUCCAAAAUUAGCACUUGUUGCAUAUACAGUAGUUCCACUAGCUAUUAUUAUUAUUGGUAAUGUUCUAUUGGUUCGAACAGUGCGAAAAGCAUCUCAACGUGCAAAAUGUAAAACAAAGAAAAAACGUUCCGUUACAAGAAUGUUAUAUGCUGUCAGUGUGCUUUAUACAGUAUUAACAUCUCCGGCAUCUAUAUUUCUCGCAAUAGCACCGGCAAGUUAUCAAUUAGCACCAGCUUUUCGUUUACAAUGGACAUUAUUGCGUCUUUUAUUUUAUUUAUGUCAUUCAGUGAAUUUUUUACUAUUCUGUGUGAGUGGCACAUUUUUUCGACAGGAAUUUAUUUCAUUCUCACGUUCAAUUUGUGUUAUUCAAUUGAAUUGGAAAAGUAAUCACAAUCACGCUGUUGGCAUAGAUGGUAUGACAAAAUUUGAAGAAAUAUUAAAUCCGACUUUAAAAUCUCGAACUCCUAGUGGCAAUAGCUUAACGAAAACUGAAAAGCAAAGUUCAAAAUUAAAUGAAACACGAUCAGCAGAAACUCCACCUGAAAUAUUAAAAAAUUCUACAUCUUGA